GAAGAAGAAGAAGAGUAGUACUUCCGGUGCUGUGUGAGGUCAACAUGCUAGCUCUGAGGAGGCUGCAGAGGAUUCACUCUGUUUUCUCUCUAAAUGGAAACACAAGUUUCAGAAGUUUGACCUCAGAAACACUCAAAGAUCCGUUGGUAAAGAUGGAGAACCCGUACAAAGAGCCUCAGAAAGGAUGCAUCCUCUGCAGCGUCUCAGUGGACUUUAAGAACAUCCAGCUUCUGUCUCAGUUCAUCUCUCCUCACACGGGACGAAUCUACGGCCGACACAUCACAGGCCUGUGUGGGAGGAAACAGAAGGAAAUCUCUAAAGCCAUAAAGAAAGCUCAGUCCAUGGGUUUCAUGUCGGUGACACACAAACAUCCUCAGUUCAUGAAGGACCCGUCGCUCUGCAGCGUCCGACGCUCCGAUUAACUCUGCUCAUAUUUAUCUGUUCAUUAAAACCUGAAACACCAA